AUGAAGUGGAUGUUCAAGGAAGAACACUUGUUGGAAUAUAGAUGUGUGCAAUCUGUGAAGACCCAAGUGGAAUAUCCCAACCGGGUUCUAGUGAUUGUGGGAAAAGUCUCAGGCUCUCAGACUGUUGACAAUGACAAAUGGAAGUAUCUGGUUCCAUCUGACAUCACUGUGGCUCAGUUCAUGGGGAUCAUCAGGAAAAGGAGCCAGUUUCCUUCUGAAAAGGCAAUUUUCCUAUUUGUGGGUAAAACAGUCUCACAGUCCAGUCUAACUAAGGGACUGCUUUAG